AUGUUGCUGAACAACUUCCCUGUUGAGUGGAUGCUGCGUAUUAUUGGCGAAUGUUCAGCACCUCAAACUGUAGUUCAACACUUUGCUGCCUGGGUCAACUACUACAAUCGGGCAGAUGAGUUGACCUUCUACAAUGACGAAUAUGACGAUCACGUGGCUCCGCAGUAUCCACCAAAGCCUCAAAGGCGCCCUACUACAGAGACACCUGAUGACUACAAAGCCCGCAUAGGGCAAUGGGAGGUUGAGAAGGCACAGGAAGCACAUAUAACCAAGCCUGGCAACGCUAUGAGGGCGUCAUACUACGUGGAGAAGAUUCUGCCAUCAUACCGUGAGGCAUACUCCUUGUUGGUAGCUUGCUCUGACCUAUUACGUGCUGAUGUACCCAUACAACAACGACACACAGUAUACAAGCAUGGGCGUGGUGUAGUAACGCUGCCACAUCCAGCCAACUCACCUGAUCUCAACCCUAUUGAAGGCAUCUGGAAUAUCAUCAAGGAACGUGUCAAACAGCAGCUCAUCACUAUUAAUAGUAUUGCAGAGCUAAAGGCAGCACUACAGCACGAGUGGAAGCAAAUCCGACAAGAGAUGGUGCAGGAGCGCGUGAAUGAAAUAUCCUACCGUUGUAGGCAGGUGUUUCAGCACCCCAAUGUUUGGGUCAAAAUUGACCUCUGGUAUCUUAUCAACACUACAAAAAUCAAUUGGAAUAGUAUUCUCUAGCAUC